CAGGCGAGUGUGGAUGCGUUUCGCGCGAAGCGCCAAAAGACAUAAGAAUUCAAUCUAAAACCCAAUACAAAACAACAAAACUAAAACGCGACGACCAAAAUGAAUAUAAAACACCAUAGAAGUGUGCAAAAAAUUGACAAAAUAAAUUAAAAAUUACAUUUGUGUUUGGCAAAUUAAAAAAUCAAAAGACAAGCAAAGAGCGCUCAAAAUUACAGUUAAAAUCUAGUGUUGUAAAGCAUGAGAGAAAAACACAUACAGCAAAAAUAAAUAAACGCGAGUGCAAUUUAAAAAACGCAUGUGAAAAUCUCUGUACACUACAAUUUCUUGAAAGCAAAUGUUGAAAAAAUUCCUUAUACAUGUAUAAAUAGACAUACAAUUAUAUAUAUAUAGAUAUAUACGUUACAGACAUAUAUUUGUAUACGUAUGUAUGUAUGUAGUAGUAUAAUACUUGUGAGCGCCAAAAAGCCGAAGAGCAGAGCCCAACUCAAACGCCGACGCCGACGCCAACGCCGCGCAGCCAUAUAAAUCGUCUCUCGUCGCGAGCUCUUUCGAAAGUUAACGGUCCUGCCCGACGUUCGCGUAGUAAAAACGUAGCGUGUGUGUUUUUGUCGGCAAAUCUGUGGACGUUGACGUCGCCGUCAACUGCGCUGCGCUUCACUGCACACAGAGCAGGCGUUAGCAGCAGCAGCCGCCGUCGCCCCCGUUACAACAGACUUUUUUUGUUGUUUUUGGUCAAGCAGCACUUCGCACUGGAGCUUCGAAAUUGCGAAUUUGGCGCGCUAAGCAGCAAGUAAGUCUUAGACUUGUUCAAGGACAAAUUAAUCCCACGCACAAAUCCACACAUAUCCAACAGAGCAAUUAAACGUGUCUAACUAAAACAGAUUGUAAAAAUGCUUAACUUUAACCAGAAAUGCAAUACAAAUAAUUGUUGGCAGUUAAUAAAAAUGCGGCAAACUCAUGUUUUAAAACAAACAUAUGAAAUUUAACAAUUUCUAAAACUUGACACAAUUAAAUGCAUAAAAUAUAAAAAAGCCAACUUGUUAAUCGAAAAAAAUCAAGUGGAAAUCGUCAAUAAAUAAAAACAAAUUCGAAAUUCAUUUGGUAAACUAUUUUGUGGCUUUACAGCACGCAAAUCCAACAUAAAAUAAAUAAAAAUAAACCAAUAAUAUGAAAUUCGUGCGAGUAAAUUGAAAACAGUUUAUUCAGUGUCGGUUACAAAGCCGCAGGUUCAAUCGAAACCAAAAUCAAAAAAAAAAAACAAAAGAAAAACUGUCAAAUUUUGCAAAAAAAAAAUGGCGCGCAAUCAUUUGAGCUGCUUUCUGGCCCUGUUGCUGGGCGUGUUAAUAUUCCAAAAGCGCAUAUGCCCAGCUGUUGCCGAUCAGGAUGAGGAUAUACCGCACAACGAAGUGCGCAACUGGGCUCUUAAAUUUGGCGUUGAUUUAUGGGAGUUUGGUCGCCAAUUUACCAAAAUGAACGAAAUCAAAAGUCGCUUUAAGGACAAUGACAUCGAAGUGAAGCGCAAGGACGGCAUUAUCCUGCUGCGUGAAUUAGCGGCCGAAGUGAAGAACUUUAUGGACUUCAAGCGUAACGCCGUAAUGCGCUUGAUGGACUCGGCGGAGCAGGCGGCGCUCUCAGAGCUGGAGGGGCAGAGCAGCUCGGAGGCGGGGGCAUUGGGGCAGCAACAGCAUUACGAUGCUAGACGCAUCAAUGAGUAUAAUGCCGAUGGCAAGUUGGCGGACGGAGCUCGCCACAUGGAUAUUCGAUUCAUGCGGCGCUUCGAGCGCCUGCCGGUGAAUCUCAGUCUAAGCUCGAUUCUGGUGCCGCACGGCGUCGAUUUGGAUGAGGCGGACGUGAAGUCGGCAUUGCAGUGGAGCGCCCACUUAGAUCCACUCUUCCAGAAUAACUUGGAGCGAGAUCCGGCAUUGUCCUGGCAAUACUUUGGCUCAUCAUCGGGCUUUUUGCGUCGCUUCCCCGGCACCGCCUGGCCACCGGAGGGCUCCAAAGGCAGCAAACUGAUCCACGACUUUCGUACACACAACUGGUUCGUUCAGGCCGCCUCCUCGCCCAAGGAUAUUAUGAUCCUGUUGGACGCCUCGUCGAGCAUGUCCGAGAAGUCCUUCGAACUGGCCAUGGCCACGGCCUUUAAUAUACUGGAUACGCUCGGCGAGGAUGACUUUGUGAAUUUGAUAACCUUUUCGGAGGUGGUCAAGACGCCUGUACCUUGUUUUAAGGAUCGCAUGGUGCGUGCCACGCCCGACAAUGUCCAGGAGAUUAAGUCGGCUGUCAAGGCCGUAAAGCUGCAGGAUACGGCGAACUUUACUGCGGGUCUAGAGUACGCCUUCAGUCUGCUGCAUAAGUACAAUCAAUCUGGAGCGGGCAGCCAGUGCAAUCAAGCCAUAAUGCUGCUUACGGAGAGCACCUCGGAAUCGCACAAGGAGAUCAUCAAGCAGUAUAACUGGCCGCAUAUGCCCGUUCGCAUCUUCACCUAUCUAAUUGGCAGCGACUCUGGCAGUCGCAGCAAUCUGCAUGAGAUGGCCUGCUCCAACAAGGGCUUCUUUGUGCAGAUCAAUGACUACGAGGAGGCGCGACGGAAGGUAAUUGACUAUGCGCUGGUGAUGGCGCGACCCAUGAUUAUGUAUCAGGCCGAUCAUCCGGUGCACUGGAGUCCUGUGUUUGUUGCCGGCAAAUCGGGUGGACUGGGUCGAGAUUCGGAAUAUCAGCGACGUUUGGUGACGACAGUUUCAACUCCGGUCUUCGAUAGACGAAACCAUUCGGUGCGCGUUGCGAAUCUGUUGGGUGUGGUGGGCACCGAUGUGCCCAUCGAGGAGAUACGGAAAAUGAUACCACAGCACAAGCUGGGACCGAAUGGCUAUUCGUUUAUCGUCGAUAACAAUGGGCGUGUGCUGUACCAUCCAGACUUGCGGCCCCUCAGCGAUGGCAAUCAGUAUAUCGAUCAGCUGCGACCCAGAUAUGCCUCCGUCGAUAUCACGGAGUUGGAACUGCCGGAAACGGAAAUUGGCAACGAUCACGAAGUAGUCGAGAUGAACAAGAAUCUACUCAAUGAGAUGCGCGGUGACAUGAUUCGCCCCAAGGAGGGUGAGACAGAGUUCACCGUACUCAAUCAUUACGAUGAGUCGAAGCGCGUCUCGACGCGCACGCAUCGCUACUUCUACGGUCCCAUCGAGGACACGCCCUUCACGCUGGCUAUUGUCCUGCCCGAGAAGUACGGCAGCCACGAGUUGGUCUCCCAGCAGGAGAUAAGGCAUUCGCGUAACAAUGUUACCGAAUACUUUAAGGGGGACAACUGGCGCGUACAUCCCGAUUGGGUCUACUGCGAGUACAAUAGCGUCAGCGAUUUGGAAAAGGAGCGCGAGAGCUCCGGCGAGUAUACGUCGCGCGAUCAAGAGCCCAGUUUCGGGUCGCCAGAAGAGCAGGUUCUGCACUUUCUGGCACGCGCAGGACGCCCCGGUUGGAAGUGGAUGUCGGUGCGACCAAAGUCGCCGCAGCCACAUCAUAACCUGCAUGGCACCUCGCCCAGUGCCGCCCACUUUGGGGCGCAGCAUCUGAAUGUGCAGGGAUCUCGCAAGGCAGAGCCCUAUUACUGCGAUCGAACCCUCAUUCAGAGCUUGGUGCGCGAUGCGAUGGUCACCGAUGGUCUGGACCGGAACACGACGGGCACAUCCAACGGCAAGGAGGAAAAACAUCCAAUCGCCACAUUGAUGGCCAUUUUAAAGAGGCAAGGCUAUUCGAAAUUUGUGGUGGCCACUUCCUUUGUGGCUACACGCUCGGGCUUGUUGCGCUGGAUCGAUCACAUAAAGAGACCCGAGGAUACACCAGAACCUCACUUUAGCGAGGACAAUGUGCGCGCUAUGGACAGUUCCUGGUACAAACGGGCCGUGGAUCAGCAUUCGGUAGAGCCGGACAGUUUUGUAUAUAGCGUACCCUUCGGAUCGGGCUAUGCCAUCAAAUCGAACCUGACUUUGGUCACCGCCUCGCAUGCGAUAUUCGUGGAGCAUCGCGGACACAAGGCGCCGGCUGGCGUUGUGGGGCUACAGUUCCAACAUGAUUCCCUGGCCAAGCACUUCAUCAACAUCACAUCUGCAUGCACCGGCAUGACGGGCUGUAAGCGAACCUGCGCCUCGGACAAUCUCGAUUGUUAUGUGCUGGACAACAGUGGAUUUGUGAUAAUAUCUGAAGAAAUGGAGCACACGGGCAAAUUCUUUGGCCAAAUCGAUGGCACCAUUAUGGACUCACUUGUGCAGGAUCGCAUCUACAAGCGUGUUACGGUCAAUGACUAUCAGGGCGUAUGCUCCGACUCCGACAAUCCCUAUACGGCAGCUGGUGGCAUUUUGAAGCCGCAUCGCUUGGGCAGCUGGUUCCUGCAGCACUUGGUCGCAUUGAGCGCCACUUGGCUAUCCCUGAUGCCGGCCUCAUUGCGCGCCUGGCCACAGGAUGAUUAUGAGACAUACGACAAUGAGGAUGUCGUCUUUGUGGAGAACAACUAUUCGGACGAGUAUGAGGAGAAUUUCGAGAGCGAGUACAACAUGCCCGUGGAUCCAGAAAUCGAUGAAUUCUUUACCACAGCAGAUGUGGAGUACACGACACCGCCACCCAAACAGCACAGGCCCCACAGUGGACCCAGAUUCGCGCCUGAUCCGCAGAAUGCGCGUCGCUGUGAUCUCCGUACCGAUCUUUAUAUGCUGCAACCGGAACGCCUCAAUCAAGGCGGACAAAAUAAUCCAUUAAAGGGUAAACUAACCAAUUGUCAUGUUUCUGGCUGCGAGCGGCCGUUCAGUGUGCAGAAAAUUCCGCAUAGUAAUUUAAUUUUACUUGUGGUGGACACAUUGUGUCCUUGCGGCUCCAAGCAGCUGGAUAUUGAGCCCAUGGAGGAGUCGGGCAUUGUGGGAGCCUGCAGCACGCGUCGCCAGAGCCAGGAGCAGGAGUCGCGUCGCCGGCCCAAGAAAUGCAUUAACUAUCAUCCCGAAGAGAUUGAGAUACAGCAGUGUGGGCGUGGCAGCACCCUGUUACACAUGUCGGCCUCCCUCGUAGCGGCUCACCUGUUGAUGGUCAGCGUGACCUUUGUGCUGGCCAACGCGUGAUACGAGUACUAAAUGCCACAAAAUCAGGACAUGGUAAACCGAACAGACGGAUAAUGAGCACAAGCAGAAGUACGAUAAGAUAAGGCUUUUUUAUGAGCAGGCGCAGCUAGUUAUGGGAGUGCGAGAAAUUUCGGAUAAAUUCCAUUGACGUAAUGCAUAGCCAAAAAUACGAAAAAAAA